AUGAAAUUGGGUUCCCUAGUCGUGAGUUGUGUUUGUUUUCUAUGGAUUUGCUAUAUCACCUAUUAUGCUUUAAAAUAUGAAUAUUUAUUGAAUGUAUUCGAUGAUCUGUCGAUUGUCUCUUCAACUCUCUACAAAGAGCCCAGUCCCCAUAUCUCGAUUUUAUUCGUUUCACGAAGAGGUGAAGUGGACAACUCGCGAAUUCUACUAGCUCUGCAAGAAGAACAUGACUACGAGAGACAAAUGGAAAUUGUCUCGGGAAAGGUUUUCCUAAACGAUCCAUCGAAACAUUUGAUUGUUGGCAAUGUGGCACUAAGAGAUGAAUCGUCACAAGUUUCAUUGACUGUUGAGGAGAAACGACCACCAUUGUUGACGAGUAUCGUUGGAAGAGUGAAACUUCGGGUGGCUCUCCGAGAAUCGGAGCCUGUUUCGCGAAAUGUUGUUACGUGCAUGGUUCCGUUGAUCGAUCGGCAUUUACCCGAAAUGAUUACAGCAAUCAGUACAGCAAUCGCUUUCGGUUCAUUUGUCCACAUUCCACACUCAACUCUUCAGAGUCCAUUUUAUCGAGCGCUGGUCACCUUCGAAAAAGCCGGCUAUGCCCGUUUGAGUCCCUGGGUGAGAUUGGCUAAACUCGCGAACUUUGACCCAAAUGAUCUUCUCGACCGUGACUACCAAGCGGCUCCCUUCCUCGACUGUUUCCUUCUCUAUCGCCAAUCCGCAAACUUUCUUAUUUUCUCCCCGAAUGACGAAUUUGUCAUUCCGAGAUUGCAGCCAAACUAUCUGAAAGAGUUUCUGCAAGUUUUCAAUCAAACCGACGAGCGCUUGUUGAUCUACAACUUGAAGCGAGUGCGCACGUUUGAAUAUGAGUCUCUAUCAGGCCCAUUUCUCCCAUUAGAUGUCCUUCGAAAAACCGGGUACACGGAUUCGCUCGAAAAUCGCAUCCGCAUCGGGAUGCCUUCGAGGAUGAAUGAAGCAAAGGAUCUUUUCGACGAUUUGGUCUUUCCAUCCAAAUUCUACGGUACAGAGAACGCUUUCUCAUUCAUGGAGAAUGGCUUGUCGGGAGAAGUCUUGGAAAAGGUGGAUCGAGCUUGGAGUAAAAUUCACGAGAAUCCAAUGUACAGUCACGCGUGGGAGGUGCUGGCCGAGGAUUGCUCGGUGGACCCGAUUUUGAGAGAAUGGAUCUGUGACGGUCAUGGCUGCAUGAUUGAACGAGUUCGUUACGAGAGCCUCUACGGCGCGUUCUACUACAAUGUUCAUCAGGCUUACAAGAUCCAAUUCAAAAAAAGAAAUUGCUCCGAAGUUGAUGAU